AUGAGUACCCCAGUAUGCCUAUGGAAAAAAGCUCGUGAAAAUCUUCCAAAGGACGUGAAAGACUGGUUAGCCUCCCUCGAACAAGGCAUACAGCCCAACGCGACUGGGGCCGAACAGAUCGAUGCGCUCAUUGAACAGACAUCUGAAAAGCAAAAAGGCCUCGAAAAGUCAAAUCAUAAGUUCAGGAAGUAUUUUGACAAAGUCAUUCAUUGGUUGGAUAAGUUCAAAGGCAUUGGUGAUGUCGUUUCUUCAUUUGACCCCGUUCAUGCGGCCCUUCCAUGGGCUGCUUUCCGAUUCGUAUUGGAGGCUAUAUUGGCUGAAAGAGAACAGGCAGAUAGCGUUCUUGAGCUUCUAGCCUCAGCCCCGUACUUCGUUUUCUCUGGCCGUGUUCUGGAGAUGGUCUACACAAAGGAGUCCAUGAACAUUGGAGGAACUCAACACGAGAUCAAACUCAGUCAGCAGUGUCUCGAUAACUUGCACGAGGAACUGAUCAAGCUUUACUCCGAGAUGCUCAGUGCCCUUCAGUAUUGCUAUGUGAUUUCGAACCAACACAAGGUCAAACGCAAAGCAACGGCCAUUUUUAAUUCAUCCGAAGUUAUCAGCAUCCAUAAAGACCUGGAAUUCCAACAUAUGAAAGCCAUGGCUUGUGGAGAACACUGUCACAAACUCCUGAGUCACACUGUAUCACGCACAUCUCUCGACUUGUUGCAGAAGAUCCAGCCACAUGUCACCGAGCUAGGGGAUCGUGUUCGAGAACUACUAGUACGAAUCGAUGAGUCCGAACGACUUAAGACUCUUGAAAAUAUCUCAGGUAUCCUGUUCCGAGCUCACCAUGAGGAAGUUAGCGGCAAGCGGACGGCGGGUACUUGCGAAUGGAUAUUGAGAACAGAGAAGUUUACUCAGUGGGAGGAAAGGUUUUCCUCAGUCACCAUUCUGUACGGAAAUCCUGGAGCUGGCAAGACGUUUCUCACCUCCAGAGUAGUCGACUAUUGUAUGUCGAAGGCUAAAUCGAGCGAAGCAUUGGCCUUCUUCUAUUGCAAAAGGGACGAGGAGAAUCGACGUAACCCUCGGGACAUUCUCCGCAGCAUUCUUCGUCAGCUAGCCACGCCAAUCAAAGAAACUGGAGGUAGAAUGAUCCACGUCGCUCUCAAAGAUCUACCGCAAAGACUUGCACUCAACGGUACAACCCUGGAUGUGUCAACCUGCGAACGGUUGAUACGGGAGCUCAUCGAAGGUUAUUCCAGAACUACAAUUAUUCUCGAUGCACUUGAUGAGUGUGACCGAAACACUCGAGAGGAGCUAAUUGGGGUCCUCGGUAACCUGACGAAUGGGAGUUCAAAGCUUCGCGUCUUUAUCUCUAGUAGACCUGAUGAGGACAUUCUACGCCACUUCAAAGGAACACCUACCAUGGAAAUAGAGGCAACAGACAAUGAAGAAGACAUCUCAUCAUUUGUGAAGGACAAGCUGUUCAGAGACACUCGUUGGACCGUCAUAAGUCCCGACUUUCAGGAAGAGGUCAAAUCUAUAUUUCAGGAGAAAAGCCAAGGAAUGUUCCAAUGGGCAGCACUACAGGUUGACCAGAUUCGUCGACUGAAACUCUGGAGCGAAAGGAGUAUCGGAGAACAGCUCAAGGCCUCACCUAUUGGACUAAAAGGCGCGUACGAUGUGGUCUGGAGUCAGAUCCAGGAGAUGUCCCCGUAUGAAGAGCAACUGGCUAGAAGAGCCUUGCAAUGGGCCUUGUGUGCAUUCAGACCAUUAAAUACUUCUGAUCUUCUGUUAAUGAUGCAGAUUGACCCCGACUCUGGAACGAUAGAGGCUGAUACAGCUUUUACGUCGGAGACUAUCCAGAGCAUCUGUGGAAACCUGCUUGUCUACGAUCGACAGUCGAAUGUCUGGCGGUUCUCGCACUUGUCGGCACGGGAAUACAUUGAGAGGCACCAUUACAGCAUGCUUGAAUCACAUCACCACGCUGCCAUUUCUUCUAUCAAGUUCCUCGCAAGAGAUUUAGUCCCGUUGCCGCGAGAUACGAAGCCAAGUAAAGACCUUAAACCUCUCUGGGUCAUUGCAACGAAUCGAUCUCAUCCAGAUGGUCCUUGCGUUAAAUUCGCAGUUCAGUGUCGCUAUAUAGUUAGUUAUGUAUUUAGGCAUGCACAUAAAUUGGAUUUGCCUGAAUACAGAUACUCCGAACUCUCAAAUCUUCUCCGGAACAUCUUCGAACCUCUUUCCGAAGGAAGCUCGUCUUUUACGGCUUGGAAGCGUCUCUUGUGUGAAACGAAGGCCUUGGGACGUCGCGUAGAGGAGAGAACUGCAGGUCAGGUACCUCGUUUGGAUAUAUCAUCAACACCUCUUCAAAUUAUGUCCAUAUACGGACUCUUUCAUACUCUACGAGGCCUCUGGGACAGGGCUGGGGGCGAAAUCGACGUAUGCCGUAUGUUGACGCCAUCUCCACUGACACUGGCCAUUAUGUAUGAGCAUGAGUCUAUCUGGAAGUUUAUAUUGCUCUCGAAUGCAGAGGUUAACAAAGGCGCCCCGGGGCCUCUUACAGCAGCAAUAGAACACGACAACGUGGAAGCUUUUGAGGCUUUGCUUGAAGCUGGGGCGGAUGUGAACGACGUUCAUCCCUAUUAUGGGUCUAUGAUGAGUCAAAAGGAUCCUAACACAGUAAUUGCGGAUACGCCCUUGAGGGCUGCGUUAUGGCGUUCAAGGAAGCAGCAUCGAAGAUACUUCAUACAGAGAUUACUUGAUGGAGGUGCAGACGUCAAUCUUAGGUCACGACGUAAGACUACUUUGCAGUUCGCUAUCGAGUAUGCCGAUGAAGAAACCGUUAGAAUUCUUCUCGAUGCAAAUACAGAGCUGCAUAGUCCAGACUACCUGCUUCGCCUCGCGACUCGGAACCGCAAAUUCAACCUUGUUCCACUAUUCGUUGAGAUGGGCGCCAACGUAGAAAAGCCAUGGGAAGGAGUUUUGCCAUUAUUAUGGGCGUUGAGGGAGGGAAAUCUACUGGUUGUUCAGUAUUUGUUGGAGAUGUUGGGCACAUCGAUUGACCUGUCUUGUCAAGGUCAUAGGGAGGCAAUUCUCUCAUCCCUUUGGUUUAAUGAGUGGGAAACCUUCGCUUUUCUUUUUGGAUCUAACCCUCAUAUCAACUGGAAGGAGUGUGAAACAGAUACCCUGAGGAGAACCUUAAGGUCAUAUCCCAAGUACGAGUAUGUACUCCAUGGUCUCGGCUUCGAUGGGUAUAAUUUUUCGCUUCAAUGUCUUGAAGGAACACCACACCAUCAGCUGAGCUUGGUGGAUCCUUUACUAAACGCUGGAGCAGACCCAUCAGUCAGCGUCAAUUUCGGCUAUGGGAGUACUUUGACCGCAGCUGCUUUUCAUGGUCGAUUACAUCACGCCCGUGCUCUUCUGGAUCAGGAGAUGUUUCGCAUUAAACAAGAACAGAGAGCUCUGUUCCGGACUGCUUUGUUCUUUAUGCUGAGCGGACAUCUAGGUUUUCCUCAUAAGCGGAAGAAGCCCAUUGGUAACGAAUGCCUUUGCCCAAAAUAUCUCAAGGUUCUUCUACGCCUGUUUGAAGAAGAUUUGAGCGCUUACAUGCCAAUCUAUGACUUCUUAGAUCCGUUGAUCCCGCUAGUAUAUAUCGAUGGAGAGGGAUAUGAGAUUCACAAUUCAUGUCACUUACACGCGAAAGGCUACUUUGGAUACUUUUCUCGACUUUGGUUCUCUAUUAUAUGGGAUCUACAAGAUAACACAUCGCCUCAGCUUCCUCUUAGCUCCCAACUCCGACAAUGGCAGUUUCCUGAGAUAUUGCCACCCAGUUGUUCUAUUGUCACAAAGAUGACUGCACUUUCUAGAGCUCGGCCAAUCUAUUUCAUCAAACUUUCCAUUCGGGGCAGUUACUCUCAGUUCAGUAUCGUUCCGACAAAGCGGGCGGCUAGAGGGCCAUCUAGUCAUAGAUUCGAAGGCGUACGAUGGGCGAAGUACAAGCCCGAAAACUUUGGUGUCACAAGAUUUCCAGACCCGGAUUAUGGGACUGAAUCAUCUAAUACUGAGGUUCCGGCUGCAGCCGGCAAGUUCGUUUCUUCUUAUGGGAACAUGUUUGCUUUGGUUCUCGCAGCUAUGGUUGGGUUGACUUCCUGCUUCAUUGCUCUGGCACUGUCAGCGAGAAAGCAUAGUUAG